AUGUCGGUGCCUUAUGACCUGCCUGCGCCGAAGCGUAUCAUCGCCUCCAACCUGCCCCUUCCCGCCCCAGCGGCAUCGGAUGAAACGGCAGAGCCUGGGGUCGAGGUGAAGAUCGACACCCUAGUUCCGGAGUCUAUCAUGGGAGGAUUGUAUCACAAGACCAGUGUCGCGACUGCGAAGAAGGUGCCGACGAGCAACGAUGGCUUCUAA